UCGGCCCUCAAAGUUCUGUCAUCCGAACAAUCAGCAGUGUGGGGCGAUACUGUCACCUUGUAAAGUCGUCUGUAACUUCGGGCACGAUUCGAGAACUGAUCUUCGAUUUACAGGUCAUCGCGAGCGUCACGUACAUUCUCAGUAGAGAUCAGGGCAUCCUAUGAGGUCGAUCAAAUGCUAGGCAGUGGAGAGGUCAUCGGGAAACUUAAAAUGUCGUGGGAUAAGUUACUCGAUCAUGGAGAUGAAUCAUUCGAUCUAUCCUUCCCACCCGCGCGCGGUGUCCACCCUUCCCUCACCCUGAAGGUUGCCAUUGUACAUGCUUGCGACGAUCAAAACGGCGCACUGUCUGAUUCCCUCGUAGACUGCGAGAUUACUCGAGGCACAGAUGCGGGCCAUGCACGACUUGCCAAAUACGUGACACGCAAGAGGGUCUCUCACCUGAACCAUGCUGUGCAGUAUUUUCAGUUGGUUCUGGAUCGGUGUCCGGUCAGCCAUCCAGACCACGCGACAGCUCUGACCAACCUUGCGUAUGCGCGCCUUCAAGGAUACAUUCGCAACCAUCUUGAAGACAUUGAUGCCAUCACUUCUCUCUUCCGCGACGCCCUUGCAUUGCGUCCACAGUGCCAUCCCGAUCAUCCAUUAUCUCUAUAUAACCUCACCGAAGCGCUGACUUGGCGCCACAAGAAGAAAAGUACUGCUGCUGACAUCCGUGAAGCCGCCCAACUCUAUCAUGAGCUACUACCUCUCUGUCCAGAGGGCGCCUACCUUCGUAGCAUCGCAGCAGGUGCAAAUGGUGUCGAUUAUGUGAUUGACGGAUGCAACGAUCUUCCAAUCGACACAUCUGAUGAAGGCAUCCGCCUUCGAAGAGUCGUCCUCGAGCUCUGUCCUCUGGACCAUCAACUCCGUCGCGGUGCCCUUCACUGGCUUGCAGAGGCAAUGGAGGCCCGCUUUGAACAGUGUGGCAGCGUUGAUGAUAUAGACGAGACUAUACAACUUCGUCGUGAAGUCGUGUCGCUGUGCCCUAAGGGACAUGCUGACUGUAAUAGCCACCUGAACGACUUGGCGUUAUCACUCAAGUCCCGCUUCGAUCACCAAGGUAAACCUAAUGACCUCGAUGAGGCCAUCUCUUUGCACGAAGAAGUGCUGCGCCUGUGCCCUGUUGGGUAUGAAUAUCGUGAUUUCCCAUUGGACAACCUAGGGAGCGCCCUCCUCGCCCGUUUCGGAAAACGCGGCGACAUUGAUGACAUCACCCGAGCUGUCAACCUCUAUUGUGAGGCACUGACGUUGCGCCCACCUGGGCAUCCAAGUCGUGACACCACACUUAACAACCUUGCUCUCGCACUCAAAACCAGAUAUGACAAAUUGGAUGUCAGCGAGGAUCUUAACGAGGCCAUUGAUCGGUAUCAUGAAUCCCUUCGGUUAAAGCGGCUUAAUGAUCCAGAGUGCCAUGUCACUCAUCGCAAUUUGAGCUUGGCACUCUGCUCUCGUUUCAUGCUAACUCAGAAGAAUGAAGAUGUCGAGGAGGCCAUCACUCUUUGCCAAGAAUCAUUGGCAUCUCUGCCUCCAUUGCACCCAGGUAUAUGCAUGAGUCAUGCAUGGCUACAGAGGGCUUAUCUGUCUCGUUACCACAUACAAUGCAAUCCCACUGAUUUGUCAUCUGCAAUGGAGCACUUCAGACAGUCGUCAAUACACCCUACUGCAGGUUUUCCUCAACGUAUCCUGGUAGCUAUUGACUGGGCUCGCAAAGCAGAAUUCUACCAACAUGAAUCUGCCCUUGAAGCAUACCAAAUGUGCUUUGAGCUCUUUGAUAGCCACGUAAUGACACGAUCGUCAAUCAUCUCACGGCGUGAGGCUGCAACCGCCUUUUGUGGUGCACAGUCACUUCCUGUAGAGGCAGCCUCGUGUGCCAUACAUAGUGGCGAUAUACGACAGGCAGUCAAACUCGCAGAGCAGGGUCGUGGUCAGCAAUGGUCGCUUGCCUCUCGACUCAGAACUCCAGUUGAAGACCUUGAGUCAGUCAAUCCGAAACUGGCACACGAUUAUUUGGAACUGAGCAAGCACGUUUCCAAUGCCGCCCAAGGUUCUGCAAUCAUCACCGACAGAGUCGCUGCUGAUCGGGCAGCAACAGAGUAUAGGAGGCUCACAAGGCAAUGGGAAGCUGCAGUGACUGAGAUACGUAAUCUUCGCCCGUUCUCGCGAUUCCUACUCCCACCUUCAUACGAAGACCUGCAAGCGGCAGCGCGCCAGGGCCCAGUCAUCAUCCUCAUUGCAAGUCAAUACUCGUCCAGCGCCAUCAUCAUCCCGACAUUAGGAGACCCCCAUCAUGUUCCCUUGCCGUGUGUCUCUCUCGUAGAGCUGACCAAUCUCAAGGAUCGCUUCGCCAGGGCAAUACGAGACGCAUCUAAAAUGGGCCCAAAAGUGCCGCGGAACGAUCUAAUAGUCCUCUUGCGGACAGUAUGGGACGCGAUCAUGCUACCCAUCGUCAAUGUCCUCCAGCAUGGUCUGAAAUUACAACUCCACUCUCGAAUCUGGCUGUGUCCGACUGCAGCUUUCACGUCUAUUCCUCUCCACGCAGCUCACCCCUUUAAAACAAACGCAGAUGGCUCGAAAGAGCCAUGCCUGGAAGAUCUCUAUAUAUGCUCCUACACGCCGACACUUUCGGCUCUGGUCAGGUCUAGACAGAUGAUGAAGAAGCGCGUCACUCCGUCCUUCGUGACAAUCGGACAGAGUAAACCGAGUGCAGGGAAAGGAAAGGCACUGUUGGCUGUCGAUAGCGAGCUCGAGCUUGUUCAUAAGCUCGUUCCCGCGACUGCCAACUGCACCACUAUUUCUGGCGACGCAGCCACACGAGCAGGUGCACUCGAAGCUUUGCAGCAGAACACAUGGGUGCACCUCGCUUGUCAUGGCAAGCAGGACCGUACGCAGCCUUACAAUUCGCAUUUCGUCAUGAGAGACGAACAUCUUACGCUGCUUGAUAUCAUGGACACAGAUAUUCCGCGCGCGGAGUUCGCGUUCUUAUCUGCUUGUCAUACUGCCGUCUGUGAUGAAGAGACGCCCGACGAAGUGAUUCACCUUGCAGCGGGUCUCCAGUUUUCGGGGUUCAAGAGCGUCGUUGGAACGCUAUGGGAGGUAGACGAUUCUGUUGCAAAACACGUCGUGGAGGCUUUCUAUAAGAAUAUGUGGAGGAUGGUGGUGUCAUUGACUGUACGAAGGCGGCCUGGGCACUGAACCGUGCUACGCACUCUGUGAAGACGAAAGUACCGCUCGAGCAGAGGAUGGUUUUUGUUCAUAUCGCUAUCUCGUUUUCUCAUACUCCGUCGUGUUUUUGUCGACUAGAAUGUUCACUAAAGUUCUUGUGUACUCGACUCGUUUGUACCUUCGUGUUCUGCUCGACUGCUUUGACUUAUGGCCCAUCUGUGCACUAUUUACAUUCAAGAGCAUACGAUAUACUUUGCAGUUUGCAGGACGGGAUAAUAUACCUUACUAAUAUUGAAGCAGUCAACCAUUGCGUUUCGAUACCCGCCUUCAUGAUAUCAUAG